AUGAAGGCCGGACUAGUUUCCGCUCUCGCUGCCCUUGCGGCAUGCGGCGAGGCGGCGACGACACCCAAGGUGACGCCACGCGAUGAGCUCGCCUAUUCCCCUCCUUUCUACCCGUCGCCAUGGAUGGAUGGUUUCGCUGAAGGCGUAGAGUACAUGUACGCGAAGGCGAGGGAAAUUGUUGCCGAAAUGUCCAUCCCGGAAAAGGUCAACUUGACGACAGGUGUUGGCUGGCAGGGUGAACGAUGCGUGGGAAACACAGGGUCUGUUCCUCGACUCGGGCUUCGCGGACUUUGCCUCCAGGAUGGCCCCGCUGGCAUCCGGUUCACUGAUUACAACUCUGUAUACCCCUCUGGUCAGCUUACCGCGGCUACAUGGGAUCGUGUCCUGAUCAACAAAAGGGCACGCGCCAUGGGUUUCGAGGCCAAGGGCAAGGGAAUCGAUAUCCUCCUCGCCCCUGUGGCCGGUCCUAUCGGCCGAAUCCCUACCGGCGGUCGAAAUUGGGAAGGUUUCUCUCCGGAUCCCUAUCUCACUGGCGUGGCAAUGGCUGAGUCUGCCAUGGGAAUCCGCGGUGCUGGAGUGAUCGCAUGUGCCAAGCACUUCGUUGGCAACGAACAAGAACGCUUCAGACAGGCGGGAGAGGCACAACGCUUCGGUCAUGACAUCUCCGAGUCAAUGUCUUCCAACAUUGACGACAAGACCAUGCAUGAGCUCUAUAUGUGGCCCUUCGCCGAUGUCAUUCGUGCCGGCAUCGGUGCCAUUAUGUGCUCAUACCAGCAGGUCAACAACUCCUACGGCUGCCACAACUCCAAGCUCAUGAACAAUCUUCUCAAAGAUGAGCUUGGCUUCCAGGGCUUCAUCGUGAGCGAUUGGCAGGCUCAGCAUAAUGGUGUCUCCUCCGCACUUGCAGGCCUCGACAUGACCAUGCCCGGUGACACGACUUUCAACUCUGGUCUAAGUUUCUGGGGCGCAAACCUCACCCUUGCUGUCCUUAACGGUACCGUCCCUGCGUGGCGACUCGAUGACAUGGCUCUGCGUAUCUUGACCGCCAUGUUCAACACCAACCUCGGCCCCGACCAACUUCCCGAUAUCAACUUCUCGUCGUGGACUCUCGACACAGAUGGCCCUGUUCAUUUCGUCGCCAAUGAGAACUUCGAAGUCAUUAACCAGCAUGUCAGCGUUCAGGAAGACAACGCCAACCUCAUCCGCGAAAUCGCCGCCAAGGGAACCGUGCUCCUCAAAAAUGAAGGUGCCUUACCACUCAAGAAGCCCAAAUUCCUCGCUGUCAUCGGCGAAGACGCCGGCCCGAACCCCAAGGGCCCUAAUGGCUGUGCAGACCGUGGCUGUAAUGAGGGGACUCUUGGCAUGUCGUGGGGAUCGGGCACAGCCAACUUCCCUUACCUGAUCACCCCCGAUUUUGCGUUGCAAGCGCAGGCCUUGAAAGACGGCACUCGGUACGAAAGUAUCCUUAGCAACUGGGAGAACUCGGCGACCAGGAACCUUGUGAAGCAGGACAAUGCCACUGCUAUUGUCUUUGUCAAUGCCAACUCCGGUGAGGGAUACAUUGCUGUCGAGGAUAACCAAGGUGAUCGUGCGAACUUGACUCUCUGGAACGGCGGUGAUGAACUUAUCAAGAACGUUUCAUCCAUUUGCCCCAACACCAUCGUCGUCAUCCACUCCACCGGACCCGUCCUUGUGACGGACUGGUAUGAUAGCCCUAACAUCACUGCCAUUCUAUGGGCAGGUGUCCCCGGCCAGGAAUCUGGUAACGCUAUUGCCGAUGUCCUCUACGGUAGGGUCAACCCCGCUGGACGCACUCCCUUCACCUGGGGUCCUACCGAGGAGUCGUACGGCACCAAGCUCCUAGCCAAGCCGAACAAUGGCAAGGAUGCGCCCCAAGACGACUUCACAGAGGGUGUCUUUAUCGAUUACCGUCACUUCGACCGCAUUUCCGAGGAAGACCCCGACUCCGCCCCCAUUUACGAGUUCGGUUUCGGUCUCUCCUACACCACCUUCGAGUACUCAGAUCUCAAGAUCCAGAGAAACGACAUUGGUGAAUACAAACCCACCGAAGGUGAGACCUUGGAGGCGCCCAUCCUCUCCAACUUCAGCACCGACCUCGCCGAUUACGUCUUCCCCGACGACGUCCGGCGCAUUGAGCAGUUCAUCUACCCCUAUCUCACGACCGCCGAAUCCGCUGAGGAGGCGUCCGGAGACCUGAAUUACGGCCAAAAACCCGACGAAUUCCUCCCGCCUGGUGCCACCGACGGAUCUCCCCAGCCCCGUCUGCGCUCCGGCGGCCAACCCGGCGGCAACCCCCUCCUCUGGGACGCAAUCUUCACGGUGACCGCCACCAUCACCAACACAGGUGAUAUCGACGGCGAAGAGGUCGCGCAGCUUUACGUGUCUCUCGGCGGCGAGGACGAGCCCGUUAGGGUCCUCAGGGGUUUCGAUCGCCUAUCGAUUCCUGCCGGCGAGUCGGUGACGUUCGAAGCGGAUCUUACGAGGAGGGAUCUGAGUAACUGGGAUGUUGUGCUGCAGGAUUGGGUCAUUACCGAGCAUGAGAAGACGGUGUGGGUGGGUAGCAGUUCGAGGAAGUUGCUGCUUAAGGGCACAUUGGACUUUGCUGCGGGGCCGGAGCCUGAGCAGCCCGAGGAGGAAACCCCCGAGCCAGAGACACCUGAGGAGGAGGCACCUGAGGAGGAGUACCCCGAUGAGGAGACUCCCGAGGAAGAAGGUGAGGAAUAA